UUCUUUUCACAGGACGAGACUCAGACACCCAGCCCGAUGGACCACAGCUAUCCUGAACUAGCAUUUCCCUUCCGUUCUAUAACCAAUGCUCAAAUCUACAGAGCUAUAGAGAGACUCCAUGGCCUCAAAGCCCCCGGCAACAACGGCAUCCCAAAUAUUGUCUACAAAAACUGCGCAAGCAUCCUAGUCCCAUUUCUUGGACCUAUCUUCCACACCACAUUCUCACUUGGCAUCUACCCUCAGGACUGGAAAGACUCGCAGACGCUUGUACUACAAAAACUUGGCAAACUAGACUACUCCAAUCCUAAUGCAUACAGGCCAACCGCCCUACUCCGCACUAUCACCAAAAUUCUUUCAGCCUGCAUCGCGUCUGAACUAAUGCAACUAGCCGAACUCCAUCACCUCCUUCCUGACACACAUUUUGGCUGCAGAGCCGGCCAGAAGACAACAGACUCACUUCACUAUGUCACGUGA